AUGGCCUAUUACAAAGCCACCGACUCGAAGUGUGAGCAGUUCCAGAGGUACUUGGAGAAGUCGAAGGUGCUGGACAUCCUGACCAAGGUAUUGGUAGCCUUUUAUGAAGAACCAGAGAAACCUAAUAGUGCUUUGGAGUUUUUAAAGCAUCACUUAGGAGCUACUAGCCCAGAAAAUCUAGAAAUAGCACUGCUUCACCUAGAAUUGGCAGAAAUGAAAGAGAAAUAUGAAGCUGUUGUAGAAGAAAAUAAAAAACAAAGCAAAGCUUGCUCAGCAUGA